AUGAGAGCGCCAGAAGAGAACAAUAACACAACACAAGAAACAACAACCGCUACUACUACUGCUGCUGUUGCUACCACUGUUGAAACUCAAGAACAAGCUCCAACUACAAGCACUGCUGCUUCCUUUACUACUGGUAAUCAACAACACCAUCAUCAUAACAAGGGAAGAGGUGGAAAUAAUAACCGAGGAAGAGGAAGAGGAAAUAGAGGUGGAAGAGUUGGUAAUCAUCAUAUUAAUAAUACUACUACCACUACAACUACUACUACCAAUUCUAGAGGAGGUAAUCAUCAACAAACUUCUACUACUUCUACUAACAAUAGAGUUCACAACAAUCAAAGUACCAGAGGAGGAAGUCAUCACAGAGGAGGACAACAUCACAAGAAGGUACACCAUCCAAAUAUUGUAACCAUUCCAGCAAACACCAAUCCACAACAAGAAUUACAACUUCCACAACAAGUUGUAACUCAACCAACAUAUGCUCAACAAACAAUGCAAUCUGUUCAACAAACAGUCACAGCUGUUCCAACUACUGAAUCAACAACACCACAAGAAAGACAACCUGUCUGCUUUGGUCGUUUUACCAUUCCAAAGACAAUUGUGUGGAGUGAAAUGUUGAAAUAUUUACAAACACAAGUACCUUCAUUCUCGGGAAAUGUUCUUAACGAGGAUAAAAUUCAACCAUUGCUCAAUGACAAACAUCCAACAUCCUAUGUUGUUUAUAUUAACUUUUUAAUUCCAGGUGUUUUCGAAUCGGUUUUGACAUACAUCAAAUAUAACGCUAAUUACUUUGCUGGUGUCCAAAUACAAGGUCCACUCCCACCAAAGCCAAUUCCAACCAACGGUACACUACUACUACUGCUGCUGCUGCUACUACUAGUAAACCACAACAAUAAUUUAUUUUAUUGA